AUGCGAGAGGAGAGUCCGGACGAUGGGACGUGCAUGCUAUGGCAACAGCAGGGGCACAGCAUCCACCGUGAGAUUGUCCUCGCGCGUUUCGUACGCCCUACACAGAAGGGUGUUCGACAUAUACGAUGGUGGGGCCACAUCCCAUCAGGAGAAGGGGUAGCCGCUGCUGAACGGCAUCGAGUUGUCCUGGCCAGCCGCCCAAUGUCUAGCGCACCCUUCCCAUCACACUUUGCACGCUCUCUUUCGCUUGCCAAAGCCCGUCGAACUGGUCAGUUGGACGACAUUUCGGAAAAGGCGCCCAAGGCAGAAGGCAAAGUACGAACGAAGUCAGUGAGUUUGUUUAGAAAUAUCAAGAAAUUUUGUCAGAAAUUGCGUCAGAAGUCGGCUUCCGGGGGACAAGCCAAGAGAUGGAGUCUUUUCAAAGGGCCCGGAAGUUUUCGGCCAGAGAGCGUCGUGAUACAUGAAGCCAAUGUAAGCGAGCCUUAUAGUCCAUCCUAUCUGAAAUCAAGGGAAAUGGGAGAAGUUGGCAGGCCUUGUGAACCUGACUUCAUGGACACGCCCAAUCCGAUUUCUGCACGAGAAUCGGUCGUUGAACGCGCGCUUCUAAACGGACAAUGUGCGGCAUCUUUCAGUUCGACAGGAAGACGUCCCGUGUCUUAUUCACAUCGGCGGCCAUCCGUGAAAGCGGUCAAGCACUUGUCCUAUAUCCAGCCUCAGAGAUAUGUGUGUGUUCCGGGUAGUCACGACAUACUGAAAAAUCCGGAGACCUCGGCUAUACUGUCGCGAAAUGAUUCUACGCCUCGUUUUUCGAUUGACUCGGAAGCAUCGCUUCAUGCGCAUUGUGACAGCUUAUCUGUUGUGGAUUCAUUGGUGACAUCAACGCCUUCCUCGUCUGCAUCAGCGAGGCUGGAUGCGCAGGUGCAAGCUUUGGAUGGUGCAUUCUCGCGUAUCAGGGCCGCUCAAAAUCUAAAGAAGGAAGAUCUGGAUGGUCAAAAUCGGAGAAGAUCUCUUGGGGAGCAUCUAGGAGCCGACAGCUAUGAAGGACGGGGGUCCCUGGAGGUGGAGACUGGUGGACCUUCACUAGAGCUCGUGACCGAUUGCCAUCAGCCAUACCAUGGACGCACAGAUGCUGUAUCGGGGACAAGGGCAAUUCAGUCGGUCAUGUAUCUUCCGCGUGCCAUGUUGCCAACCUUGCAAGGAACCGUGGAGGGAGGUGAUAGUAAAGAAUGGUACUCGUCCAACACUUUGGAUUCCUUGUAUUUGGAUUUCAAAGAUCUGUCGCUUGAUCAGCUGGCCCACAAAUAUUCCCCAGAUGGGUUGAGUGCUCACCCUGGAUUUAGAGCAAGUGUUGCGUGAAGGCAACCUUUCUCUGCUUGUAUCAUAUCUCUUUUCUGUAUCUAUUGCUUAUGUGUAUUUACCAAACAAGGUGUCCUUGUCAUGAUUGCAA